CGUUGUCGGACCUGCUAGACGGUCACUGUUUCGGUGGGCUGCCGUGUGCCGUCCUCCGGUCAAAAUUUGCUAGCAGCUCAAACGGCAUCAUCCGCUCCUGCUGGUGUUACUUCCGAUGCGCCACGCUCGACGGAACGGAGACGUCCAGGCUGUGGCAGAGCAUACAUUCAGCGCGGUUGCAGGCUACUAGCAGGGACCGGGUGCUGAUAAACGUAUAGACACCGCCACUAUCUGAAAGCGCGCAAAAGAUGGACGUCGUAUACACCUCGGACAGCUGCGACAGUGAUUCGCGCGAGCAGAAAACGGUUGAUCUGGGCCAUUCGAACAAACGGCACCUGGACGACGACCUGCUGCGCGUCUCAAAGUCGAAAAAGCUGGCGGAAGAUAUCGAAACGGUGCUGCUCAACCACAACAAGCUGAUAAGGGUGCCGCUUUCGCUAGCCGACUUCACCAACCUGCGGGUGCUGGAUCUGAGCAACAAUCGGCUCGAGGAAUUGCCGGAGGUGAUCACAAACUGCCAGCUGACGACCCUGAUCGUGAAGAAUAAUCUGCUGACGGACAAGUCGCUACCGAAAUCGCUGCUCAGCACUGCUGGCAGCGGUCUGAAAGAGCUCAACUUAAGUGGCAACCGGUUCGCGCACUUUCCCGAGCAGGUGAUCGAGCUGCGGUCGCUUAAGUAUCUGUACCUUGGGGGCAAUCAGAUCGUCAACGUAUCGAAGGACAUAUGGAAGCUGCAGAACUUACAGCUGCUCUCGCUCGGAGGAAACUUUAUUACUGAGAUACCGGAAACAGUCGGGCUGUUGAACCAUUUGCAUGCGCUCGUCCUCUGUGAUAAUCUGCUUGAGAUGCUGCCCGCGUCUAUUGCGCGGCUUGUCAACCUGAAAUCACUUCUGCUGCACAAAAACCGGCUAAGACAUCUCCCACGGGAAAUUAUUACGUUGCGGAAUCUAACUGAGUUGAGCUUGCGCGACAAUCCGUUGGUUGUGCGGUUCGUCAAGGAUAUGACACUGAAUCCUCCCAGUCUUUUGGAGCUUGCCGGGCGUACCGUGAAAACUUGUGCCAUUCGCUACGGUCCAGAUGAUCUACCUCGCGCUCUGUCCGAAUAUUUGCAGACGGCAAAUUGCUGCGUUAAUCCUAACUGCAAGGGAGUAUUUUUCGACAACCGAGUGGAACACAUUAAGUUCGUAGAUUUUUGCGGCAAGUACCGUAUUCCUUUGUUGCAGUAUUUGUGCUCCUCAAAGUGCGUUGCAGAUACGAGUUCAUCGGAUCCAGGCAGUGAACCAAGCAGUAGUAUGAUGCGUAAGGUUUUGUUGGGAUAACCGUAGGGCGCAUUGAAGGCGUUACAAAGGACUACGAGAUUCAAACAAAUAGCGUGCAUAGGACAACUACCAGACAACAGGCAUUCGUCAUUCAGCCCUAUAAUCCACCCGUAUCUCGUGAAGAGUCGUCAUUGAUUAGUUGAUCUGUCGAAUUUUGCACGGUUCAAAAAUGCUGCUCUAGUUGUUACUGGUCUAUUACUGAUAAGAAAGUAUCCUCAAGUGAUUAUGUGUUGCUUAGCAAUACGUAUCCCUUUUCGAUAUGUUAAGUUGUGCGGGAGUCGUUGAUCAAGAGAGUUCAAUUGUUGUUGCGUGGUUAGAGAGGAAUAGAGAAAAAAAAUCUACGUCUGUUUUUUGUUAAAAUCUGCGUAAAAGUUCCAUUUUUAUAGCAGCAGCUGCAGAAACACCCUUUUAUUAUGGAGCAGACGGACGGUGACGCCUCUUGGAAUAUAAAUGUGAUGUGCUCCAAGAGCAGCUAAAAGGGAAGCAAUAUUAUAUACAACAAGAUAUCUAUGCACUCAGCAAGAAAUAUAAAA